GCAACAUCGGGGAGGAGGCCCUCACUUCUGCGGCCACACAUCACCGAGCUGAAGGGUCGUUCAUUCUGCUGCCGUGGCGAGCGUUCCCUUCUAUUCUUCUUUUUCCUUUCUUCUUGAGGGACGUCCGAUAAUGUGGCGCACCUUUGCGCUGCUGAAGCCGGCAAAUCGCAAAGAACCGAACAUCGGACGUCUCCUCUACGGUAAACGCAAGAAUGCCGUCCUCCACGUCAGCGAGGCCAAACCCGGCGUGACAACCGUGCUGGCGCAAACCCCGACGGAGAAGCUCUCCGCUGCCGUGAAGCAUGCCCUGCGGGUCAACGAACUCGGCCGCGAUGAAGUUGUGUCGCUGUUGAAGCAGCACCGCGCCUUGCGUCGUCUCGACAGGACGGAGGUCCUCGUUCAGACACUGCGCGAGGCGCAGCAGCCUCUUACCGCACAGCACUACUGCAUCCUCAUGGCCCACGCCAACGACGAACGGCAAACACGCAAGGCACUGCAGUUUUGGAAGGCCGCGGUGGCGGAGGGAAAGGUCAACGAGCGGCUCCACGGGGCCUUGCUGUCCACCUACCGCAACGCAGGGAACUGGAAGGCGGCGAUGCAGCAUUGCGAGGGACUCUGGGCGGAUCAGCAGGUGCUGGAUCCGCUCGCCGUGCACGCCGUCAUGAACGCGUGCCGACGCUACGGCCCGUGGCAGGCGGGGUUGAAAGUGUUCUCGAGCGCCGUGCAGAGCGGCACGAAGCCGAACGGCGUGGUCUACUUGGAGCUGCUGCGGCUGGUUGCGCAGUCGACGAUGCCGGGCCGCUGGUCCUACAGUCUUGCCAUCUUGAACGCGCUGGAUGCAAAGGUGGAGCUGACGGCGGGGCACUACAACGCCGUGCUGUCCACGAUGGGCGGCCGAAAUUGGGAGAAGGGAAUUCAGCUCUUCCACGCAAUGCAGCAGCGCAGCAUUCAGCCCAGCGGAGAAACGUUGAGCGUGGUGCAGCAGCUGAACCCGCACAGCGUGUCCCACUGCAUUCGCUGCGUGGCGGACGCACACGCGCUAGGGAUGCCGGUCACGGACACCAUGUACCGCAGUGUGCUUCUGAACCUGUUUCGUAUGCAACUCAACCACGAGGCAACACAGUUUGCGGAGCGGGAGUACGGACUAGACCGCGCAGAUGCCGGAAACCCGGUGAGUCACACCCUCGCCCUGAGCAUUGCAUUAGUGGACGCUCUUCUGGCCCAUCCACGGCCGCACGACGCGCUGCUAGUGUACGAGUCGUUUCAGGAUAGGAUCGGCGAUGUGGUGGGGGCAGCGACGCGGCAGUUGGGGACGACGGGCUCGCUGGACCAGCGCUGGCUGGUGCAGGGCCGGGUAGCCGUGGUGGACCACAACGUGCUGCUCUCGUCCUCCUUUGAGUCCCUCAUCCACCACUAUGACUCGAUCUUUAUUCCCUUCGCGGCUGUCCGCCUACUCGCUCGCCGCGCCCGCGACAACGGCGACUCCGUGCAGGGCCGCUACAUGAAGACGGUCCUGCGUCGCAUCGGGCUGCUGUUGCGGCGUGAGGAAUGGCGGAUGCUGCGCGUGCUGCCCUUUGCGCAUCAGCUGCUGGCGCUCACGUAUUUGAGCGAGGGCGGGCCGUCCAGCCCCGAUGCCCUGCGUGCGUUACGAGCGGAGGCAGAGAAGCACGACCUACUUGACGCUCCGGCUGCGAUGGAGACAGCACCACGUAAAGAAAGUCAAUUGCUUUCUUCCGCGUCUUCUUCGUCCCCGUCGGGGAGAGCAUCCGCAUACGGCAAAGCGCUACUGGACCGACUCACCCCGGCUGGUGAGGAAGGGCUCGACCUCAGAAAUAUGGGAGACAACGCCGUCGUUGGAGGCUUCGGUGCGGACAUGAUGAUUCGAUCGGAAGGCAGGGCUGAGGGUGCAAACCUUGUGGUAGCGAAAGCUACUGCUGGGGGUGCCGCCGACGCCCUCGCUGCUGCUGCUGCUGCUGCGACUUCUCAACGCACUACCAGCCCGUCUUCUGCGAGCCAGCCCAGUGUGUUUGUCUCUUCGCAGCGUGUCACCUCCGUGGAACGUGUGACGGCCGUCGCAGCGAUGCUGAAAUCGCUGAACCCCGAUGCAGAGGUGCACGUCCUCUCCUCCAACCCGUCGCAGCUGGCGUCCGUAUAUCACUGGAAUGAGGUGCGUGCAGGCGUGCCGUUGGUCGGGGUGCACUACCCGGAGCAGCUGACGGAACUUGCUCCCCCGGCCACGCCGCUGUCAAGCGAAAAGGGGAGUAACUCAGCCGCCUCGAAGCGAAAGCCUUCGUGA